CCAACUCAUUUCAACAUCAACUUCUCUACCGAGCAUCUUUACUAUCUCAUUUCUCUCUCACAAUGGCUAUCAGCGAGUCCAUCAUCGUUUCCAAAUCUUUGCCUACUAUUCACCUCGAUCUCCUUCGAGCCAACGAUACUCAGGAGAGCAAGAACUUGCUCAAUGCUUGCAGAAGCCAUGGGUUCUUCUAUCUCGAUCUGAAUAGCGACCCUGAGCUAUGCAAUCUAUGGAAGAAGAUGCUCCAGAACAUUGCGCAAUACUUCAACCAGCCUCUUGAUAUCAAGAUGCGCGAUGCUCGUGGCAGUGACAACUUUGGCUACGAGCCCAUGGGCACCGAAGCAGGCCCCAACCCAAAGACUAGAGACGGCUACGAAUCUCUCAAGUUCUCCCGCCGAGAAUUUCUCAAAGGAUCCUCAGACCUCACCACCUCCAUCCGUGCAAAGGAAGAUUGCUUCUUCUCCUUCAUCGACCACGCGCACACCAUCACCCUGAUGAUCCUCUCUCGCCUCUCCACACAGCUAGGCCUAACCGGUGCCUCCCGCUUCGAGGCUCACCACGCGGACCCGGGCCCGUCCCUCUCAACCCUAGGCCUGCUCCGCUACCCCAAGCACGAAAAGGCGAGCGCCACCGAGCCCUUGAACGUCGGCCACAACAAGCACACCGACGUCGGCACCCUGACUUUCUUGCUCGCCGCCCAGUGGGGUCUCCAGUACCUCUCGCUUACGAGCCGCCGCUGGGAAUUCAUCGAGCCGCGGGCCGGCCACGCUAUCAUCAAUGUAGGAGAUAGUCUCCGCUUCCUCUCAGGCGGCAAGCUAGCUAGCGUCGUUCACCGCGUUGUGCCCCUGCACAAGACGCAGCUUGAGGACCGCUACAGCAUGGCUUACUUCCUCCGUAUGAAUGAUGGGGGUAUCUUCAAUGAUACGUCCAGCAAGAAGUGGACCGCGAAGGAGUGGCACGAUUUCAAGUUUGGUGUCUUCAAGGAUCCCAAUACGCUAGAUGCUGAGGGUCGCUUUCUUACGGGCAUGAUGAUUGAGGAGUCAGAGGGCCCGAUUUUGGUUUCGCCGUAGAGAACUUGACUUUGAGCGUACGUACUGUGUGUGGGGAACAGGAUCCGGAAUUGUGGGCGUUUUUUUCUCGGCGGGUCGCCUAAAGAAUGUGGGGGUUUUGCCAUGGUUUCCUUAUUGUGUUGGGGUUUUCUUUGAUAAUCGGGUAUUGUAUGGUACUCGAUUAGAUAUUUGCCUUAUUAUUUGUCAGAGC